UGGCAAUUUAUAGCAAAUAUAUUGCGAUUAUGCUUCAGAAGUGAAAGCAAAAGGGACUCAACAGAAAUUUGCUGCUUCGUCUCUGGACUGGCUCCACUUGAUAAUCUGAGUACAACGUAACUUGACGAGUUUGGAUUCCACACAUUGUAAAGAAUGAAAGCAUUUUCGGAGCAAGUGUUACUGAGCCUCCUCUAUUUGUUGGUUGCCUCGCAAUCCAUUCCAAUACAUCAGGACACUCGUAAAAUUAACUACGCCAUCUUGUUCGACGCAGGAUCCAGCGGUACUCGCAUGGAAAUCUAUAAAUUCCUUGCCAGCGGUCCUUCCCUCCAACCUUCUGACGUUGUUCAGAUGGAUGCCUCACCACACAAAGUGAAACCUGGAAUUUCAGACUUUGCUGAUGACCCGACGCAAGUUGAAGCUUACAUAAAGCCCUUACUUGAAUCUGCUAAGAAAACCAUUCCACAGGACAAACAAGCAUCCACUCCGAUAUUUUUGUUAGCAACAGCAGGCAUGAGACUCUUGCCUGAAGGUCAGGCUACCGCUAUUUUAGAUGAGGUUAGAAAACUGUUUCAUGAUAGAGAAAAAUGCCCUUUCCUGUUUAAGAACGACAAUGAUGUUAGAAUCAUUAAUGGCCAGGUCGAAGGAAUUUAUGGUUGGGCUACUGUAAAUUUCCUUUUAGGUGUUUUUGCUUCAAAAGAUUCCGAGUCGUAUGGUAGUUUGGAUCUAGGGGGAGCGUCCCAUCAAAAUUCCAUGGACUUUGACAAAAGUAGCCCAGAAGUUCUUGUUUUCGACAUAGCUGGGAAAACAUAUAGUAUUUUUAGCCGUAGUUAUCUGGGCUACGGACAAGACCAGGCUCGGGAAAAAUAUCUAGGAUACAUCGCUAAAAAAGCGAAUUGCGCAAAGAAUUCUGAAUGUGUCGUGCAAAGUCCCUGUCACAAUAAUGGUUUUAAGGAAUCUCUUCAAUAUGGAAAUGAAGAAAAUAUAUUUCAAGGAACUGCACGAGUUAAGAAUUGUAGGAAAGUCAUUCAUGAGUUGUUUUUCGGCGAAUCGUCCCCCUUUAACGACCAACCCAAGUUGAAAGGAAAAUUUUACGCGUUUUCGGCUUUUUAUUAUGUUUUAACAGAUAUAGACGCUGUUUGUUCUAAUUGCGAAAAAAACACAGUAAGUCCUGGUAAAAUAAGGCGGUCCUCGUAUUCAUACUGUAAGAAAGACUACAGUGAGAUUAGUGAAGACCCAUAUGCUAAAAAUGACUGCUUUGGGGGAAAUUAUAUAUACGAGCUUUUGACUAAAGGAUAUGGUCUUGGUCGAUCAAAGAAAAUCACUGUUGCUAAUUCGCUGAAUGGCUUCAGUUUAGGCUGGACCUUAGGUGGAGUUUUGCAUAACACGGGCAUCUUGAACGAGUAAUUCUGUAAUUUCCGUUCACUGAAUCGUAUCCAAAUGAUUAAAUAGAAAUAAAGCAUAUGUGAACGAC